GGGGGGAGGGGGUGGGGUGUAGCUAAGCCUGCCCACAUGAUCACGUAACAGCGAACCAUUCUUUUGAAUGAAGUCGAGAGGAAGGGUUGGAGAAAGACUAGACGACAAUAUGUUGGACGCUAAAUUGCCAUAGCGAGGUAGUCAAGUCGAUUGCGGCGAGAAUGGCGUGAAAUAAUGCGGGGUCGGAGAGGCAGACUGACAGCGGGCUGCUAGAAAGUUGUCCUCCCGUCCUCAGGGCCGCUGCCAGUGGCUCCUCUCGGUAUCACUGUUCUUUCGAUCCUCAUGCAAAACCUAACGGUUCUGGACAGCCCCAUCAACUCCAACUCCAAUGUCAUUUGCUCUUGCAACUGCACCGGAUCCCAGCCCCAGGGGAUGGAGAUAUCUGAACUGGAGUUUGUUCAGAUUAUCAUUAUAAUUGUGGUGAUGACCGUGAUGGUAGUCGUGAUCAUCUGCCUGCUGAACCACUACAAGCUCUCCACCUGGUCCUUCAUCAACCGGCAGAGUCAGGGUCGGAGACAGGAGGAGGCGCUGCAGCCGGAUGGGUGUCUUUGGCCAUCAGAUGUUUCUCGCCAGGGAACCUCAGAGAUAAUGUACGCCCCGCAGUCCAGGGAGAGGUUCACCGCCCCCUCGUUUAUGCAAAGGGAUCGAUUCAGUCGCUUCCAGCCCACCUACCCCUACAUGCAGCACGAGAUCGACCUGCCCCCCACCAUCUCCCUGUCGGACGGGGAGGAGCCGCCCCCUUACCAGGGCCCCUGCACCCUGCAGCUGCGGGACCCCGAGCAGCAGAUGGAGCUGAACCGGGAGUCGGUGCGGGCCCCGCCCAACCGGACCAUCUUCGACAGCGACCUGAUCGACAUGCACAGCGGCGGGGGGCCCCGCCCCCCCAGCAGCAACUCGGGCAUCAGCGCCGCCAACUCCAGCAGCCACGGGCGCAUGGAGGGCCCGCCGCCCGCCUACAGCGAGGUCAUGGGUCACUACCCGGGCUCCGCCUUCUUUCUUCACCAGCACAGCAAUAAUCCUUCCGCACAGAGGGCAGGAAGCAGAACGAUCCACCCCCAGGGCGACCCCGAAAGCACAACGGCUCCUGCCAAGGAGGGCCACCGGGAUGAACUGGUGUGAUUGGGGGGGAGGGGAGGGGCUGUGCUUGCUGACUCCGCCCCCCAGAUCCUCCCUCCGCACGAGGGGGCGUGGCCUCUUUCGUUGACACUCCCAUGCACAACUGAGUAUCAGCCUUCGCUACAACGACGAUAAGAACACGAGAAAAGAGGGAAAAAAAACAGUCUGUCUUUCUUUUUGAAUUCAUAUUGACGGAACUCGAGUGAAGGGGGGGGGGGGGAUGGGGGGGCGUGUACGCACUGCGUGGUGUUUUUGGCUUCGUAGUUAUCUUUUAUUUUUUUUUGUAUUCUUUCCUUCAUAUGAGAUAAAGGAUUAUUAGCACAGAUUCUAAAAAAAAAAAAAUUCCCGCCCUCUGCCCCCCACCUCCCCCAAAGACAGCAUGGGUUAGAGGACUUUUUGUUUUUGUUUUCAAGACCGGAAUCUGUGCACAACCAAGAUUUUAAAAACCAAUUGAAAUCCAAAUCUGAGUGCCAAGAUUCAUGUAGAAGUUCAUGUGGAGGUUUGACUCCUUUAACAUUCAAAAGAAAAGUUAUCUAAAGUUGCACUAUCUUAUUGUUUUGAAGAGAAGAGGGAAAUGCUCUGUGUAAUUUUUAUUUGUGUGUGUUGUCCUUUCAGCUGUGGAUUCAUCAUAGGCUCCAAAGGUAUUUUUCAGUGGGAGCAAUAGGGGAAUGUCCUUUUCCAUUGGAAACGCAGGAUAAACUCAGAUCCAGCCUAAAUUCUUACGAUUCAAACAACCACUACAGGGACACUUAAAGGAAAGUCUUUGUUCUGUUCACAUUCUCUUAAAGAGACCAUUGUAAAAGUCUGUCGUUGGUGUGCUGGAUGAGAGGCGUUCAAAAUAGUAAUUUAAACAUGACCUAUAUAUGUAUGCGUGUGUGGAGGGGGAGGGGGGGGGGCACUGUCCAAUCAGCUUUCUGUUCAGAGUGAGCUGUGUCAAGGGUGACGUUUUUUGUCAUUUUACAUUUCCAUGGUCCCAUUUGCCAAUCAUUAAGUCCAAGAGGGUUGUCCAUGCAAAUUCGCAGUUUUUUUUAUUUUUUAUUAGUUUUUUUUACAUGUAAAACCUCUUGUCAGAUUGCCUUCUAGUCAUGGACAUUUUGAUACCUAGAGUGACAGCAAAAUUCCUACAGUCGUUAAAAUAUGAUAGUUUAAAAAUAAUAAUUUAAACUUGAUACUAGAACAUUGGUCACCCCAAAACCAACAAAUUGUAUCUGAUGAUAAAUUGGUGUUUUUUUAAUAUAUUUUUUUAUUUUCCAGAGGUUUGAGUGGAGUAGAAUAGUUUGACUUCCUGUUCCGUUUCAUGAAAUUGCCUCCCCAACCUUUGCCCACAUCUUAAAAAAAAAAACACGCGAGGCGCGUAAGUAGUUGCCAGGCCGACGCCGCUCGGCGUCUUCGAAUCAGAUUCCCUCUCCGCCCUCCGUCCUGCGGCUCUCACGAGGCAGACGUUAUUUUUUCUUUUUUUUCCUCUUCAGUCACUUCCACGUUCUCCGCGCCUGGCUUCUCUCUCCCUCCGCUAACGCCCACGCGCACGGCGCACUCGGCCAACGUCUUCUCGCUUCUGAACUACGGGACGGGAAGAAGACGAGGAAGAAAAACAGG